AUGGACGGCACUUUUGCUCAGGUAUAUCUUGAUCUUUAACCCAAAACAAACAAAUGUGAGUGAGUAGAGUGGUUUGAACAUAACCACAGUUAUUCUUUAAUUACUUUCCUUAAACAAAUCAAUUUAUUUUGCGUUACCGUUUCUAAGACACGAAAACCUAAGGCUUUCUUUGAAACCUGACAAACUUUUUAACAGAUAACUGGAAAAAGUUCAACAUCGAUCCUGUCUGUUUUGGGACAAAAAAUGACGACCACGGAACUUUUCAUAUCCAAGAAGCCGGUCAAAUCUACACAUUUAAACUUGUCCAUACAAGUGGCUCCGUGACAUGCCUCACUUCAAAAACAUCAACAAAGUGGGGAUGCUCAUUGCCAAUUUACGGAAGUCACAACCUAAUGACGGUGAUAACUUACAGCAACAAAACAGUUCUCCCGCUUGCUGAGUUCUUGAAAGGCAACGACAGAACAUACUAUACUUACCAACUUGACGGUGCUGAUUUUUGUGGUAUCGAGAGUAUCAGUCUCGAAUAGAGCUAAAGUAAAAUGAACCACAACGCCCUGCUUGUAGUAAAAACCUUGCUUUUUUUUUAAUAAUAAUCUCUCUCUCUCUAGUCACGUGAUCCAACAUGAUUGACGUACGACAUUACAAUUUUAACUCCGCAACACUAGUGUUCAAGCUCCUCCCCACCCCACUGGUUGUAUCGGUUCGUCAGCAGUUCCAAUUAUGGUAUGCGCAUGACUUGGUUAAUUAUACAGAGGAUAAUAACGAUGGUAAGACAUGCGCAGACGUUUAUGCUCUGUACCAUUGACACGGUUAAACGGUUGCGGCAACUACAGAUGACUUCGGUCGUACGUCUGCACUUUGCUGAAUCCCACCGGCAAACAAUCGGAGAGCAGGUGGUAUUUAGUUCAUAAAAAAGGCACGGUAGAUGUGAUAUGGCUUCAAUCACCAGGUCCUUAAUGAAUGGUCCGUUCAGUUGGUACGAUAAGUAAGCUGAUUGGUCACCGGGACCCUAUAUUAACAAAUUCAGCAAGCUUCGACAUCGAUAUGGAAACGUAGUAGAUUAUUUCAUGUAGUAAUGCAAGUAUGUAAUGACGAAAAGAAAAAACAGAAAAAAAAGCAAUACUAAGAGUCGAGAUUUGCCAUUAUAUUACCUAGUGCAGUAAUGAAGUGCCUCCUUAGCUAUUCACCAGCUUACAUUCAACGCACGCCUACUGCAUCAUUGUUAAAUAUUUCACAACAGUUAUUUUCCCUGCGGCUGAUGCAUAUGAAUUUGCUUUCUUUCAAUGAAAAUGAAUUGAAAAUAAACUUUAGCGCCCCAGAGCUCAUAAAAACUUCAAUAAAUGACAAUCUCUUUUAUCAGCUCUUCUUUAAGAUAGCUUAAAUUUAAAACUGUCGAGUUUCAUUUUAUGCCGUGUUUCUGUUUUUCAUCAUCUUUACAGUGGAUUUGGGUCCAGAAAUAGCUUGUAUUUAAUUUUAUCUUCAGUAAAUAAACAACUGAACUUACGGAAAUUUUGAUUGGCAGUAAGAGCUAAUUGGGGUCCCCCGUUGGUUUAAACAGUUAAGACAAGUGUCCUACGGUAGCUGCAAUAUGCGUUUGUUGCGUCUUAAAGAUACGUGACGGAAUGGCGGUACGUUUGUGACAGAAAAGAUUAUUAAACCGUUUAACCAUCCUACAAAAAUUAGCCCUGAAUAAUUUCGGUAACCAAAGACACUGCUUUUGUUUUGUGGGCGGCUGGCACAUUUAAUUUCAGCUUUAAAACAGUGUCGACGGGGUGUCCUUGUAAUAUAUUGCCAAUACAAUUGUUUCCUUUUCUUUUGUGGUAUUUUUUUUUUCGCUUUUUACGAGGCAGGAAAUCAGCCUCUUUCAUGACACCAAGGAGAUAUAUUUGAGUUAAGAUGAGAAAAAAAUGAGUACUCUUGAGGUAAACAAAACGUCAGGUGCAAACUUGAGCCUUGUAAGUGUAUCACCAACCUAAUCUAAAUUGAGAAUUUUCUAUGUGAUUGAUAUCAAGUGGAUUCACUUUAAUUAUAUUCAAUUUUACCCUCCUUCUUAUUUGAAUUUGGUUAUUUAGAGGCAAAGGUGUUCAAGUUUGGGUUUAUCACUUGAAAUAUUUCAGCUUAAAAAAGCGUUGAUGGUCUUUUCAAUUUUCAUUUCCACAAAAUUAAAUCUAUCGCUGUUCAGUAUGUUCUCUGUUUCAAGUAUUUCCUUAAGCUUUCAUCUUAUCGUUGAAGAAUUCUUUUUUAAUUAAUUAUCACUUGAAAUAUUUUAGCUUAAAAAAGUGUUGAUGGUCUUUUCAAUUUUCAUUUCCACAAAAUUAAAUCUAUCGCUGUUCAGCAUGUUCUCUGUUUCAAGUAUUUCCUUAAGCUUUCAUCUUAUCGUUGAAGAAUUCUUUUUUAAUUAAUUAUCACUUGAAAUAUUUUAGCUUAUAAAAGUGUUGAUGGUCUUUUCAAUUUUCAUUUCCACAAAAAUAAAUCUAUCACUGUUCAGCAUGUUCUCUGUUUGAAGUAUUUCCUUAAAAUUAAAAUAAAUGUGCAUGCUUUCUCGCACGUCUUUGUCGUGGAGCUUUUUGAAGCGGUCCAACCUUUUUUUAUUUUGAUCCUUCAAUAAAUUAAUCUGCAGUUGAACGCGCUCGACAGAUUUUCAACUUCAUUUAACGCAUACAUCAAAGUGGUAACACUGAAAAACGUCUUGCGUUAGACAAUCUUCGGCAAGCUGUUAAUUAGUUAUUUACAAAGGCAAACAUCACGCAUUUAAGUUUUUUUUUCUCCUACAGUUUUUCUGUAAUUCUUAAGACUCGAUGUUUUGUUUUCAAUUUAAGUUAAGCCAUGUGAUUAUUCAAGUGACGUAUUCGCAAAUGUUAAAAAAUAAAAUCCUAUAACUGCGAAGCGUGCUGGUCUCACAUCUGCCGCUUACAUUAAUAAUCAUUUUCCUCUUUUAUGAUUCUGCAAUUCGCUGUAUUGUUUUGAGUGUUGAAAUAUUAGGUCUCGUUGCAUUUACAAGAGAGAGCAGCGUUUCUUUUAGCUUGCUAUAGCUAGCUGAAAGGUGUUCUCACUAACGACAAUAUGAUAUUGUUCUCACCAGCCGUUGGUGAUCCUUCAAUGAGUAAGGUCCUAACUUUAAUAUGGAUUUUUCGUUUUGGUGUACUGGUGUAUGGAGGUAAGUGACUCCUGCCAAAAGCUGGCAUCGCUUACACUUUAAUCUAUUAUAACUGUUUUAUUCGUGAUCAGAUUCAUAUCCUUGUGUUAUGGUACAAAAAAAAGAAGAAAGUAAGUUUGUGAAAAUAGAAAACUCAUUAAGUUAACUUUAAAUCUAUUCCGAGUGAUAAUGUGAAAUUUCGAAUUCUGAAAGUAAAAAUGGCAGAAAUGGGAUAUUGCACGAUAGCACGUUAUUGCAAAACUACCCUGUUUACAAUGCCGUGAUCUUAGUUGGGCGUAAAGGAAACGUGGACGUGGAGAGAAGAUCUUUUGGUAAAAUUAUUGCGGAUUCAAGUCGACAUUUGUCCAAACAUGAUCUGUUAACAAUUUUUGGGUUGCUGAUGUCCGAUUAUUAUGAAAUGAAAACUGAAACGGAAAAACACAUUGAUGAGGACCUUGAAAGCUAAAGGAGUAAUAGUAUAGAUUUGCUAUCGUGAAGAAUUUCUAAAGCUGACGUUUCAGAGCGAAGCGCUAAAGGUUAUUGAGUUCUACCCCCAUCGAGGCAGCGUCACAGUUUCCUUAGAAACCUACCCCUUCAUUUGAAAACCAGAACCUAUUUAGAAUCAUAAUGGUGAACAUCAAUCCUAUUCUUCAAUGUAAUUGGUAAAUAAAAAAAUGAUGGUCCGAAAAAGCAACUUUUCUGGUAAGAUGAAUAUGAUGCCUUGAAUUCAAGUUUGCAGGCUAUUUAGCUAAGUCACUCGCCUAACGAAAAGAGAGGAAAGGUUUAUCACCUGCCUUUCUUUCGAGGAUGAAAGAGCGUACCAAAUAUUCGUGGCUUUUUUUUUUUUUUUUUUGGUCGAGCGGCAAAUCAAAAGUUAAUUAUGUAGUUUCCCUGGCAUUUAUGGAACAACUUUCAACAAAUAUUGCGAUAAAACUUAGGUUGUCGGCUUCCUUUAAGUUUGUGUGCUGUUUGAUUUCAUUUCUAAUUGGCUUCUUCAUUGGCUUAUUUAUUUCUUGCCAAACCCUUAGAUGAUUGCCGAGUGAUUGAGUUCAAAGCAGGAACGAAAAACAAGAUCUUAACAAAACACGUCAUUAGAAGUGAACAAGCAAAGGACAAGGAUAUCUGCGAGUUGAAAUGCUACUUUGAACCAAACUGUGUGUCCUAUAACUAUGGUCCGCUGGGAGAUGGAACAUUCACAUGCGAGCUAAGUAACAGAACUCAUUUGCAAGUCUCUCCCAGUUACUUCGAAUAUAGGAACGACUUUUUAUACAGAGCAAUCAUUGUAAGUAAAUAUCAAUAUCAGUUUUACCAGGAUGAUCGUUCCGCGAACGAGAAACCUCUGUUUCAAGUUGAUCCUCCUCGUUUAUUUAUUUACCACUUUAUUAUUUAUCUCUCUAAAUACUCAGUCUAUUUAUUUACUUAUCUAAGCUUUAUCUAUCCAAUUACUUGAUUCAUCUAUUGCAUUUCAGAAUUCCUGUGAGAGCAAUCCGUGUGUUAGUCACUCUACUUGUCAAGCGGGGUUUGGUAGUCAUGAUUACCGCUGUAUUUGUUCUGACGGAUAUGAAGGAGAGCUUUGCCAAAUAGGUGAGAAAGGAAACUCCUCGUCACGGCAGGUCUUCAUCUCCCAGGUUCAUAGUUAAAGUUACACAAUUAAGCUGCAAAUAAAGUAGCCUCUCAGCAAGGAGAGUUUUGAAUCCUCAUCUGUUUAAUCAAUACAGCCUUAAUAUCUGCAUUAAAGGAUAUCUCCGUCACAGGGUAAGGGGCAAGUUAGAUUUGUUCUGUAUGUGCUCCCUUAAAUGCUAGAGGUUGUUAGAAGGAUUGAAAUCCCAAGGUUGAGACAACUGGAGACGUCGUUACAAGAUGUUCUUCUGCAGCAUUAACCGAGAGGUGAUAUUAAAGUAUUGCUGUCGUGAUGUGAUAAAUCCUAGAUAAUGGAGAUUACAGAAAAACGAGAAAGAAAGAGAAUAUCAGAAUAAGAAAGGGUGAUACGAAGGGAAAACUGCCUUCAUGUUGUCAACUAUGGAUAUUUGAUGCAAGGGCAAGAACAGAAAUGAAACGAAUAAAAGUAUAAGUUUCGUGCUGAAAGCAAAUAGUUCAGUGGAAUUUUGGAAUAACUGACAGAAAUAAUUGAUUAAUACGAUGGAGAUGAACUUUAGAUGAAAAAGAUCUAUUUCAAAAUAAGGAAUAUGUUUUUUUUCAUCUUCCUUUAAUCUUGAAUAGAUAUUGACGAAUGUGUCUAAGGCAAGGUGAAGUGUUCCUCUGAUGGCAGUUGUGUUAAUGUUAUGGGCUCAUACAUCUAACUUCUCCGUCUCUUGUAACUCGUGUGUAGAUACUGAUGAGUGUACAUCAAGCAAACACGAUUGUUCCUCUGACGGCGACUGUGUUAAUGUCGUGGGUUCAUAUCAGUGCUUUUGCGAAUCUGGAUUUACUGGCGAUGGUAAAAUUUGCCAAGGUAACAUUUAUUUUAUAUAAAAGUGCAAAGCUAUCGAUUACUCUCUUCAUCAGUCUUGUAAGACAGAAAUAACUGAUGCAAUUCGCAGGGUCAAUUGUUCUUAAAAUUACUGCUAAAAAAUGGUAAGUCUUUACAUGUUUAUGUAUCUGAGAAGACUGCCUCCACAUCAUAGUCCGCAAAAUUGCACACAGAAUGAUGCCGAACUUCUGGCAAACCUGUGAAUCCGCGACCUCAACACAUUACACUUUUCAGUAGAUUCUGGGAAACGCCAAAAAACAACCCCACCUCUUCUGAUAAUUUCCCUACACCUUGAUUAGUCUCAUAUUCCAUUUCUACUUAGAUAUCGAUGAGUGUAACGAUGGAAGCCAUGACUGUCACUUUGCGGCCGAUUGUACAAACACCGCUGGAUCAUUCGACUGCAGCUGUCAGUCUGGACACCUUGGAGAUGGACGGCACUUUUGCUCAGGUAUAUCUUGAUCUUUAACCCAAAACACAAACAAAUGUGAGUGAAUAGUGUGGUUUGAACAUAACCACAGUUAUUCUUUAAUUACUUUCCUCAAAUAAAUCAAUUUAUUUGCGUUACCAUUUCCAAGACACGAAAACCUGAGGCUUUAUUUGAAACCUGGCAAACUUUCUAACAGAUAACUGGGAAAAGGUCAACAUCGAUCCUGUCUGUUUUGGGACAAAAAAUGACGACCACGGAACUUUUGAUAUCCGAGAAGCCGGUCAAGUCUACACUUUCAAACUCGUACAUACAACUGGCUCCGUUACAUGCGACACUAAUCGCUCACCGACCAAAUGGGGAUGCUUACGGCCAGAAUACGGAAAUUAUAACCUGAUGACAGUGAUAACAUACAGCAACAAAACUGUUCUUCCACUUGCUGAGUUCGUGAAAAGUAACACCGAAAACAAACUGUAUACUUACCAACUUGAUGGUGCUGAUGUCAACUCUCCCACGCUUGUGUUUAAUUUUCUCCCCAUGCCCUUGGUUGUAUCUGUUGGCCAUCAGUUCCAAAUUUGGUAUGCGCAUGACCUGGUUGGUUCUACCGAGUAUAAUAACGAUGGUGAGACAUGUGCGGACGUUUAUGCUUUGUACCCUUUAAACUGA